AUGAAUGGAUUAAAAAUCAAGAAUCUCCACACAACGAUAUAUCACCCGGAGAGUAAUCCCGUCGAGCGUGCCAAUCGAGAGAUCGGGAGACUACUACGCACCUAUUGUCAUCGGCAACAUACAAAUUGGUUACGUUGGCUAGAUAACGUGGAAUUCUGGAUUAAUAACACAACACAUACAACAACCGGAUACACACCGCAGUACAUCAUGUAUGGAAAGAGUACCCCUCUGUCCAUUACUAAACUGGUAACCUUUCCGGAGCAGCAGGCUACCGAACCGGAACCAGACAUCGUACAGAUAGUUAUGAAAAGAACUAAGAGACAAGCCCAGCUACGAAACAAACGUAAGGAUCGGGAUAAGCAGUUUCCAAAAUAUGAACCAGGGAUGAAGAUACUUGUCAAGGAGCAUAGGCUAUCCUCAGCCGAGGACCAUGAAACCCACAAGUUAUUUCUGUUGUACCACGGACCGUACCAAAUCUGCGAGGUACAUGAGAACAAUACAGUGACGGUACUCAACCAAACAGGACAACCACGAACAUACAACUACAAAAACAUAAAGCAGUACCACGAAUAUGAGCCACCCGCUCAGCCUACUUCAGAUAAUCAAUAA